AUGUCUGAGAUUGUGGUUGCAGAGCCUAUCUAUGAAGAUGACCCACCAGAGCCGGAAAGACCCAUUACAAGGUCCAUUACCAUGGGCACUGGAAGUGAACACAAUCAUGUUCCUGAGCCAUUUGAGAGCGAAAGAUUGCCUGCCUCUUUGGCUUCUGAAAUCCAGAGGUUUCUUCGUGUUGCAAAUUUGAUCGAAAGCGACGAGCCUCGUAUUGCUUACCUGUGGGUGAGCUUGUUUCUGAUAAAGUUGGAGUCACAGGGAGAAGUGAUAGACGCACGUAGAAUUGGUUCUGUGUUGUUUGAAGUUCUAAAGACAGUUUCAAAUACAACCGGUCCUCAGGCGCUUGCUAAUAGAGGUGGCGUCCAGACAAAAUCUAAUGAUCUCUUUGUGCCAUAUAAUAUUCUACCACUUGACCCUGGAGAUAGUCGGCAAGCAAUCAUGCAACUACCUGAGAUUAAAGCUGCAGUAGCAGCUAUUCGCAAUAUUCGUGGUAUACCUUCGGCCAAUGAUUUUCAAAGACAUGGGGACUUUAUUGAUUUGUUUGAUUUUCUUCAGUACUGCUUUGGAUUUCAGGAGGGAAAUGUAGCCAAUCAGAGGGAACAUCUACUUCUACUCCUUGCUAACAUUCACAUAAGGAAAACCCAUAAGCAGACAUCAGUCUUAAAGUUAGGAGAUGGUUCAGUGGAUGAGUUAUUACGGAAAUUUUUUAAAAAUUAUACAAACUGGUGCAAAUUUUUGGGUAGGAAAAGCAACAUCUGGUUGCCUUAUGUGAAACAAGAAGCCCAACAGUAUAAACUUUUGUAUCUAGGGCUUUACCUUCUUAUAUGGGGGGAGGCUGCAAAUUUGCGAUUCAUGCCAGAGUGUCUGUGUUAUAUAUUUCACCAUAUGGCAUAUGAAUUACAUGGUAUGCUAACUGGCGCUGUUAGCUUGACAACAUGGGAGAAAGUCAUGCCAGCAUAUGGAGGCCAGUCUGAGUCUUUCCUUAACAAUGUGGUUACCCCUAUAUACACGGUUAUAAAAGAGGAAGCCAAGAAUAGCAAAAGUGGGACAGCUGACCAUUCCACAUGGAGAAACUAUGAUGAUCUGAAUGAGUAUUUUUGGUCUCCUGAUUGUUUCCAAAUAGGUUGGCCCAUGCGUCUAGACCAUGAUUUUUUCUGCAUACCGUCUUCAAAGAAACCUUCAAAGAAACCCAAGGCUAAGAAGGCUUCAGCAUCCACUGGUUCUGUAGAAGAAAGAAGGAAGGAAGAUGGGGAGGAAGAUGAAGUAGGGGCAACUAAAGAAGAAGAUCGUGAACCAAAAUGGUUAGGGAAAACAAAUUUUGUAGAAGCAUUGAUCAUUAUGGCAUGCCAUGAAUUGGAAUCUCCACUUCAACUGUUUGACAAGGUUAUAUUUGAGGACGUCAUGAGUGUAUUCAUUACAUCUGCAUUUCUUAAACUCAUACGAGUUGAGAUGGUGUUAUUUUUGGUUCCUUCUAUUCGCAAAUACAUCGAGAUCUCAAAUCACCGGAUAUGCACCAUUUUGUCCUGGUGGACACAGCCUGGGUUAUAUAUUGGGCGUGGGAUGCAAGAAAGCCAACUUUCAGUGUUGAAGUAUACAUUGUUUUGGGUACUUGUACUACUGAGCAAAUUUUCUUUCAGCUACUACUUUGAGAUAAAACCACUCAUAGAACCAACAAAACAGAUCAUGAAAAUUGGAGGGAAAAAAUAUGAGUGGCAUGAGGUUUUUCCAAAAGUUCAGAGUAAUGCUGGUGCAAUUGUUGCUGUAUGGGCUCCAAUAAUAGUUGUGUAUUUUAUGGACACUCAGAUAUGGUAUUCUGUUUUCUGCACAAUCUUUGGUGGAGUCUAUGGCAUAUUGCAUCACCUUGGUGAGAUUCGGACUUUGGGAAUGUUGAGAAGUCGGUUUCACAGUUUGCCUUCUGCAUUCAAUAUUUCCCUUAUCCCAGCCUCAUCAAGAAAUGAUCAAAAGAGAAAAACAGGCUUCUUUCACAGUAAAUUCAUAAAGGUGUCAAAGACUGAAAAAAAUGGUGUUGCCAAGUUUGUAUUAGUGUGGAACCAAAUUAUCAAUAAUUUCCGAAUGGAGGACUUGAUAAACAACAGGGAGUUGGAUUUGAUGACAAUGCCUAUGUCAUCAGAAUUAUUUUCUGGCAUAGUCCGUUGGCCUGUUUUCCUUCUUGCGAAUAAGUUUUCAACAGCAUUGAGUAUUGCAAAGGAUUUCGUGGGGAAGGAUGAGAUUCUUGUCAGAAAAAUUAAAAAAGAUGAGUACAUGUACUGUGCUGUGAAGGAGUGCUACGAAUCAUUGAAGUACAUCCUUGAAAUCCUCGUUGUUGGUGAUCUUGAAAAAAAGAUUGUAUCUGCCAUGUUUACUGAAAUUGAAGAAAGCAUCGAAAGAUCAACUCUUCUUCAGGAUUUUAGGAUGAUUGAACUUCCACUUCUUCUAGCCAAAUGUAUUGAGUUAAUGGAACUUCUGGUUGAGGGAAAUGAAGACCAUCAUGUUAAAGUUGUCAAAAUUCUCCAAGAUAUAUUUGAGCUUGUAACCAAUGAUAUGAUGGCUAGUGGCUUCAGGAUAUUGGAGUUGCUAUACUCAUAUCAACAGAUCGACAUGGACUUUGUUGAUUUUAAUAGAAGCAUUGAACCAGAACUAUUUGGGUCUGCUGAUAGCAAGAGUUCCAUCCAUUUCCCUUUGCCAGACAGUGCUGCUUUGAAUGAGCAGAUCAAGCGUUUUCAUCUAUUGCUUACUGUCAAAGAUACAGCAAUGGACGUUCCAACGAACUUAGAGGCUCGGAGACGCAUAUCAUUUUUCGCCACUUCUCUCUUUAUGAAUAUGCCCAGUGCACCCAAAGUGUGCAAUAUGCUGCCAUUCUGUGUUAUGACACCACACUACAUGGAGGAUAUUAAUUUUUCAAUGAAGGAGCUUCAUUCAAGCCAACGAGAGGUCUCCAUCAUCUUUUACAUGCAGAAAAUAUUUCCAGAUGAGUGGAAAAACUUUUUGGAGCGCAUGGGUUGUGAAAACUUGGAUGGAUUGAAAGAUAAAGGCAAGGAGGAAGAUCUUAGAAAUUGGGCUUCUUACCGGGGCCAAACGCUAAGCAGAACAGUUAGAGGAAUGAUGUACUAUAGAGAAGCCUUAAAAUUACAAGCAUUCCUUGAUGUGGCUGAAGAUGAAGAUAUUCUUGAAGGUUAUGAUGCUGUUGAAAGUAGAAAUCGUGUGUUAUCUGCUCAGCUAGAUGCAAUAGCAGACAUGAAAUUUACAUAUGUACUUUCUUGUCAAUUGUUUGGAUCACAAAAAGCUUCUGGAGAUCCACAUGCACAAGACAUUAUUGACUUGAUGAUAAGAUACCCAUCUCUGCGUGUUGCUUACAUUGAGGAGAAAGAAGAGAUGGUGGAAAACAAGCCUCGCAAAGUUUAUUCUUCUGUAUUGGUUAAAGCUGUCAAUGGUUUUGAUCAGGAAAUAUAUCGCAUAAAGCUUCCCGGUCCACCAACUAUUGGAGAAGGGAAGCCCGAAAACCAGAAUCAUGGAAUAAUCUUCACUCGUGGUGAAGCUCUCCAAACCAUUGAUAUGAAUCAAGUAGGCUACUUGUCCAGUAUCUAA